AUGACAAAAGGUGGUAGCAGACAAAAAAAACUAGGGCGUUUAAUUUUUGGUGGAAAUCGAAAACAUUCUCCAGCAAAGCGUUCUCAAACACGUGCUGGCGAUGUAGUAAAUAGUGGUAGUACGAAUAAUCAGCUUAAUAUUCAUGACUGGGCCAUAUGGCGUAUGCAAUUGAAUGAACAUAUGAUAUCGGGACUAUCCGAGGGAAAGCCGGAUUUGAAAUAUAUGCGUCAUUUUCUACAAACAAAUCCAUUUUAUCAAAAACAUUCGCGUGAUCCAUCGAGUGGUCGUGUUCGUCUCAUGUUUUCGAUACCACAUCCAAAACUGAGACCAGAGUUGGUGGAAAUAUCCAACAAAUCGGCUUCAAUAGACAAUGGUGAUGCAAUUAAGCCAGAUACAAAAAAAAUGAAUGAAAAUAAUGAUUUUACAGAAAGUCUUAAUUCGAUAGCUGUGAGCCAUCGAUCAUUAAAACAGCCAAAUUCAAAUGGAUUUAAUGGAAACGAUGAUAUUCGAACACAUAGCUCGGAUGCGGGAACGAUAGAGACAAAGCUCAGAAAAACCGUACGUACAUCAUAUACAGGAGCUGAUCGAGUACAUUCCACAUUACAAAAAGCCGUUAAAGGUGGCCAUGUACUCGAAAAAAUCAAAGCAUUUGAACAGGCAGCAGCUGCUGCGGCUGAAGCAAGUCAUCAUUCAAGAAUUUUGUCUGUAUCAUCCACAAUAAAUCGUGCACCAAGUCCCAAAAGAGGCGAACGAUGGAAAUCAACACCUGCAACGUUGGAUCAGUAUACAUCAUCUCCUAUCAAUGAACAAUCGCAUCAAAUUCGAACAGGUUUAAGUGGUAAAGGACGAUAUAUUGCGAGUAGAACAGGUGGUCAUAAAGGCAGAAAAGGAUUUAGCGAGCAUCAACACUAUCACGACGAUCGACGACACAUAGUAGCAACGCCAAAUGGAAAGAUGAAAGCAUCUGUUUUACAACCUGCUGAUGGAGAUAUUAUUUUAAAACGUCGAACACCAUCACAAAAGACCAUUCAGGAUGAAGAUUGUUCCAUGACCGCAAUCAGUUCGUUAGCAACAGGUAUGCCAGUUUCGCCAUCACGAACGUUAAGUCCAACUAGAGUUGUUUCUCCGACUCAUCGUUAUAACGAGAAGCAUUGGUUCAAAAAUGGAGGCCAUCAUACACAACAACGUCGUGAUGCAGGAUCAAGAUCACGACAUAUUCAACCAGAAAUGGGAAAAAAAUCAUUGAGAGCUAUCUCAAAUACCGAUUUAUCAAAACAACAGAACGGUGGAAAAUCGACCUCACGUCGCCGAUGGUUACGACGAAAGGAGAACGUUAGUGAAACGGUUCAUGAUAGCAGUGGUGCAAGACAAAUGAAAACACCUGAUGCUGAAAUAUCACAGAAACAAAUCGAUUUAAAGAAAAAACAAGAUAUAAUGUCAACAAAAAAGAAAAUAUUGAAUGGUAAGAAAGAUACUACGAAUGAUGCCAACAGCAGCGUUGUUGUUCGAAAAGAAUCAACGACACAAAAAAAGUCGGCGUUAGAUAAUAAUCGUGUUUAUGGUGUUCCAUCUACGAAUAUCAAUACUACCCUCAAUGAAGAUGAAAAACAGAAAGAAAUUCUGCCUGUUGAUGAAUUAGCUAUCGAAGACAUCGAUCAAGAAUUAACAAAAAAUUCUGAUGGUGAACAACAACAAAUAGCAGUGGUGAAUAAAAAAUUAAAACGUCGAACAAUAACAAAAUCACCGGUAGACAUUAAUGGAAAUGACGAUGAACAUCAUAAACAGAUGACUGCUGAACGUGUUCAUAAACGACUUGAUAAACCUUCUCAAAAAUUGUCAAGUACAGAUGGUGGCAUACUAAGUCAAACAUCAGGAAUGAUUGAAAAACGAAAUUCUCAGCAAGCUGACAAAUUAACAUUUGAUUUAAAUGAAGAACAAUCUCAGGAUGAACGAAGUAUAUCUAUUAUCGAUGAUGUAUUUAUUGAGGAUUCAGCAGUAACAACAGCGAAACAAAAUGAAGAUAGAAAUCUUGUUUGUUCACGUCGAAAUUCUCAAUCAAUAACCUCUACAAAAAUUACUCGACAUCAAUCAUCAAUAGAAGAACAAAAACAUUAUCCUGUUCGUCGUAAUAUUAGUGAACGUUCAAUGAAAGACCAUGAAAAUGUCUUGAAUAACGAAAACAAUCAGCCACGCCGGAGUUCGAUUGUUGCUAACGAAACAAACAUCAUUUCUCCGAAUAAUGAUGACUCAAAUAUAAAUGAAACAAAAAAUAAUCGCCGUUGGUAUUGGAGUAAAGAAACAGGUGGUUUAAAAAAAGCCAAAACCAAAAAUGUGUCAUCAUCGUCUAAACAUCAACAUCAGCAAACCAUAACAAUUAUCACGAAAAAAAAUGACGCUGGUAAAAUGAUAAAUAAUACCACGAAUGAUGAAAUAUAUGAGCCACCAAACUCUGAACAAACAAUUGACAAUACUGAUCACAAUCAAAAAUUACGUCAAUAUCAUACAGUUGGUUCAUCAACAAAACCAAAAACGAGUAAACAAAUUUUACAUGCCAUUGUUACAAUGAAUUCAAAUGAAACAAAUACGAAUGAAACAACAACUGAUAAAAAACCACAACAACAACAAAUGAAUAAUGAAACAGAGUUUUUCGAAAACGGUCCACUUUUGAGUCCUAAUUAA